AUGCCAGGGGAGAUUUUGCACUACCUUUAUAAACACUGCCCGCAAGCAAGUGUCCAUAUAGCUAGCUCAAAAGUUGCACUAUGUGAGAAAAUAAACCACAACCAUUCAUCGGCACCUCAACUCUCCGGUAUCCGUUCAAUCGAAGCUGAGUGGUACGACGGAGAGUAUGAUAGGCCAAUCAGGCCAAGUUCAACUGCAAGCUAUCCUGCGCAAUUAAACGACAUCGUUUAUCGAAGUCACAAUCUCGAAAGUCUCAAGUUGGUCAGCAUAGGAAGAUGGAGACCGCUUCACUUUAGCCGAAUUCGCUAUAGCGACAUCCCACCUCAUUUCGAAAGGAGGGAACUCGAAGCUCGGAAGAAUCAGAGAGGCCUAAUUACGUUAAAAGAAGGGAAUGUUCUACCUCAGGUCAAAAAUAUUCACUUUGACAGUAUGAGAUUUGGACCACUUCAGAGCACGUUAUGGGCCACACAACUACAAUGGCAAACCAUCAAAUAUCUCUCCUUAAUCGCCGUCGAUUGGAUCCACUUGCUGCCAAAGAUCACUCUGCCUGGCUGCUUCCAUGCGCUAGAAAAUCUACAGAUGAGCAUUCCGAACUCGCAUUCUGGAUAUGAAAGAGACUGCCCUGCAUAUACUGAACGGGUAGAGCAAUUCCACAGCUUUCUUAAAGAGCUCCCACCCUUGAAAAUGUUUAUCGGGUAUGGAUUUCCGCAAAAGACUCUAGAGGUAUUGGCAGAAUGCCAUGCCAAAUCUCUUCAACACCUCCGAUUUAGAUAUGGAUUAGGCAGGGCAAAAUGUUCUGAGAACAAAUGUACCCCUGUCAGCAUUCAUAACCUCAUCAAUCUAGCCGAUCAACUGCCUAACCUACUUUCUCUUGGUGUUAAUUUGAGCUUAACGCCUGACGAGGACUUGGUGAGUAUCCACGCUAUUAUUUUACUAUUAAUAGAAGCUUUCCGACAUCCCAGUCGCUAA